CCCCGGCGGGCCGCGGGCGGAGAGCCGGGGGGUGUCCCGCGGAGGCCGGCAGCAGCUCCGGUGGUAGCUGGCGGUGAAUUGAAUGGCAGCGGCUUGUUUUCGCAGUGAAGAAAUGUGAAGCUUCUUCUGCGUCUUUGUGGAGCUGCAGCUCGAAUUAAAUAAAUAAAUCACAACAGUUUGUGUUCCGUCGAGUGUCACGCGGUGUCGGGUGGUUCGGUAGAAACUUGUCGGACUCACGGAACCGGGACUAACGUUGAGGCUGCGCUGCUGCCUCCAGACGGUUUAAAUCUCCGUGUGAUCGACAACUAGCUAGUUGAGUCGCUAGUUAGCCAAGUAGCUAACUGUAGCCGAGCACCGGAGAGUGGACCCCGCUCGGUCCCCCGCGGUAAACACCGUACUUUGGACUUUAUUCGUGUCGGGACUCAGCUGCGCGUGAGCCCGGUGCUCUGCCCCGGCAGCUAGCCGCUAGCAGGAGCUGCGGGGGGAGGCGCCGUGAAGUUAGCCGAGGAGCUAGCGGAGCUGACAUGGCGAGCUGCUGUGAUGGCGACGUGACUCAGAGGAGCGGAGCGGGAACCAGCGCUCCUCUCCGGGUCCGUGGCCCCGCACCGACCCGCAGACGUUUCACCGACAGCCCGCUGAACCCGGCGGCUCCAGGUUCAGUCCCGUGAUCCAGAAUCUUUCGAGCUGGACUCCCUCAAAUAACCGGAGAGAUGAAGGCAGCAGACGAGCCUGCCUACCUGACAGUGGGGACGGAUGUCAGUGCCAAAUACAGAGGAGCCUUCUGCGAGGCCAAGAUCAAGACUGUGAAGCGCCUGGUGAAGGUCAAGGUGACUCUGAAAGGUGAAGGUACGUCCCAGGUGGUGCAGGACGACCAGGUCAAAGGGCCGCUGAGGGUGGGCUCCACUGUGGAGGUGAAGACCAACGAGGGUUUAUCCAGCGAGGCCGUCAUCGGGAAGCUGACGGACGCCAGCCUCUACACCGUGGUGUUUGACGACGGCGAUGAGAAGACUCUCCGUCGUACGUCCCUGUGUCUGAAGGGAGAGAGACAUUUUGCAGAGAGCGAGACGUUGGACCAGCUGCCGCUGACGAACCCGGAACAUUUCGGCACCCCGGUCAUCGGAAAGAAGUCAAACCGUGGCGGGCGGCGUUCGUCCCAGGCUGUGGCUGACGAGGAGAACGAGUCUUCGUCCAGCGAGGAUGAGGAGGAGGACAGGAGGAGGCUGAACGACGAGCUGCUGGGAAAAGUGUGCAGCAUCGAGAGCGACGAGGAGCCCUGCUGCUGGUUCCUCGCUCUGGUGGUGUCUCCCAGCUGUAACGACGAGCUGCUGGUGAAGAAGGAUCAGUGUCUGGUCAGAUCUUUCAGCGACUCCAAGUUCUACACGGUGGCGAGGAGACACGUCCACCCCAUCAGCUCCAUCAGCGCCCCCAAGUCUGAGGUCUCGUCCAGGAGAGGUUUUGAAGCAGCCCAGGUCUUCCUGAGGAACAGGGAGGUUCCUGAUUUGUGGAAGAUGGACAUGAGUCAGAUCCUGGACUCGUCCUCCAGUGAUGAUGAGGACGAUGAAGAGGAGAAGGAGAGCGACGAGGACGAGGAGGAUGAAGAGGAGAAGAAAAAGAAGAAACGCAUAAGGGAGGAGCCGGAGGAGGAGCUGGAUCCGGAGGAGAGAGACCACUUCCUGCAGCAGCUCUACAAGUUCAUGGAGGACAGAGGGACGCCCAUCAACAAGCCUCCGGUGCUGGGUUAUAAAGACCUGAACCUCUUCAAGCUCUUCAGGCUGGUCUUCCACCUGGGAGGCUGCCACAAGAUCGAGUCUGGGACCGUGUGGAAGCAGGUCUACAUGGAUCUGGGGAUCCCCGUCCUAAACUCUGCUGCGUCCUACAACGUCAAGACGGCCUACAAGAAGUACCUGUACGGUUUUGAGGAGUACUGCCGCUCCGCCUCCAUCACCUUCAGGACCAUCCAUCACAACAACCCCCGCCCUCCCACCACGGGGGUGAAGCUCGAAGAGUUCUCCGCGCCGCCAGUGAAAGAGGAGUCUGUCGAUGAGAAGAUGGAGGAGGUGGAGUCAGAGAGUGAGAGCGAGAAGGAGGAGGAGCAGCUGAAGGAGAGACAGUCGUCCCCGAGGGGUAGGAGGAGGUGUGUGGGGAAGGCAGAGAGGGAGUCGCCCUCCAGGCCAGAGAAGAGAGGAGGAGCAGAAACCCUCGAGGAGCAGAGGGAGAUGAGGAGACGCAGCAACAGAAGAAUGGACGACUCCGAGAGAGGCUCUGAGGAUGAGGAGGAGGACGACGAGGAGGAGGAGGAUGAUGAAGAUGAAGAUGAGGAGGAGAUGGAGAGGAGGAGGGAAGACAGGAGUGAGGGUGAGGAGGACGAGGACUCUCUGGCAGGGACGAAGGUCAGGGUGAAGUACGGCAAAGGAAAGACUCAGAAGAUCUACGAGGCUCACAUCAAGAAGACCGACGUGGACAACGGCGAGCAGUUCUACCUGGUUCACUACUACGGCUGGAACGUCAGGUACGAUGAGUGGGUGAAGGCCGACCGGAUCAUCUGGCCGGCGGAGAAAGGAACAAAGAAGAGACAGAGGAAGAAGGUGAAGAACAAAGAGAAGGAGGAGCCAGAGAGGGAGCGAGAUAAAGAUGAUGAGAAGACGCCGUUGAUGGCAAUAAAGCCUACAGGAGCGAAGCGCGGCCGUCCCCAGAUCAGGACCACACCCACUGGUCCAGCAGGACGCAGCGUCUCUAAAACACCCAGCAGCGAGGGACGGUCCAACGGCAAGAGCAGCAGGACAGAGACGCCAUCCAACAUGGCCAACGGAGACAACACUCCUCGCAGGAGAACCAGGAGAACGUCGGGCAUGUACGACUCUGACAGAGCGUCCAACGAGGAGUCUGAGAACACAUCAGAAGACAGCGAAUCAGAAGACCUUCCGGACAAAAAGCCGUCUCCGUGGCGAGGGAGGACUGAAGCUUCAACCUGCCAGGAGGAAGAAGAGGAGCUGGAGGAGGAGGAGAUGAGUGAGGUUACUAAUGUCACAACGACCGCUAAUGACAGCGCUGACACCACGGCGGCGGCGGCGGCGGCGGCAGUGGCAGCGGCAACAGCAGAUCAGCUGCCUGACGCUACUGCACCGCCGUGUCCCAGCAUGCCUCAGGAGAAACCCGACAAACUCUUGAGCCAAGAAGAAAAGCAGGAGGCAGAGCCGGGGGAGGAGUCUGUGCUAGAAGCUGCCAUGUUACCUGUCGACCUGGACGACAAGAACAAAAUGUCUCCGGUUCAAGAGGGAGUCAGGAAGAUGGCUUCUGUCCACGAGAAAACCAAGGCGUCUCCUGAGCAGGAAGUGGCCCCCAAGGCGUCCCCCGGGCAGGAAGUGGCCCCCAAGGUGUCCCCCGGGCAGGAAGUGGCCCCCAAGGCGUCCCCCGGGCAGGAAGUGGCCCCCAAGGUGUCCCCCGGGCAGGAAGUGGCCCCCGGCAGGAACUCUCCCGCACCUGACGAGCUGAACAAAAUGUCUCCCGGCGCCGCAGACAAACAAAAGAUGUCUCCUGAGAAGCCGCCGCAGGUGUCCUUCCCUCAACCUGCUCCUGCAGAGGAGGAUAGCAGGUCCACUCCUCUGUCUCCCCCUAGGGUCAAAGGUCGCAGGACCAACCUCAGGGAGACAGGCUCUGAAACUCCUCCCACAAUCCCCAGCCCCGCCCCCAGUGCCAGCCCCUCCCAGAUGGUGCCGCUAUCGUCUCCUCCUCGCAGCGUCCUGAAGAGACAGGACGAGCCGAUGGUGGUCCUCCACUGUCUUCCCACCCAGCGCCUCCCCCCUGAGUCUUCCACCGCUGAUUCUGACACGGACUCCGCCACCGAGGAGGAGGAGGAGGUGGAGGAGGGCGUACCUGAGGGGAGGAGACCUUUGAAACGCAAGGCAGCCGAGCAGCAAGCAGCAGAGAAGAAGCUCCGCCCCGACAGGAGGCAGGAGGAGGCCGCCUCCCCCAAAACCACCGCUGCCCUGCCUAAGAUCGUUAAACCAAUCCCCUCCCCUCCCAGCAGGGGGGAGUCAGAGAGGAGUAGUGAGGGAGUGAUGAAGGCAGAGGAGUGGCCCCGCCCAGCGGAAGAGACGCCGAGGGAGGUGUCAGAGCAGCGUCUGACAGGCGGUGCCACGAAGGAGCUAGGUGUGCAUGCCGGGGCGCCUCCCCCCGCUGCGGAGGCCCUGGGCCCCGCCCCCGCUGAGGAGCUGGAGCCCCAGAUUGGACCUGAGGCGCUGGUCUGUCACGAGGUGGACCUGGACGACCCGGAUGAGAAGGAGAAGACCAGCCACGCCCCAGAACACCUCCUCCUGAUGAUGAGCGAGUCGCAGCCAGCCCCGCCUAACCUCCUCCGUGCCUCCCCCCACCUACCCCAGCCUCAGGUCAGGCCCUUCCUGACGGCCGCCGCUCCCAGCUCCGCCCCUUGCUCCGAGGCGCUCCACCCAGCCAGGAGCGCUGCCGAGGAGGAGGGAGGGGCAGCGAGGGGGGAGCACGAGGGAGACUCCAGCCCCGGGUUUGAUGGCAGCACCUCCUCCACCUCCCUGCUGUCCCUGCAGGAGACCAAGGACCGAGGCCAGAAGAGGGGGAUGGACUGCAACUCGAGCCCGACCGCCAAGAAACAGAAACGCAACCAGAAACGAACACACACACCUGGGAAGGUGGAGAAGAACGGAGCAGGCCACAGCAGUGACAGUGAGGACCAGUCCCGCCUGACGUCCCAGAAGCCUCGCUGUCCCGGCCUGCCGUCUCCGUCCUCUCACAGUAAAGACAAACACCACUUGUCCCCUCAGAGGACGUACAAGUGGACCUUCCAGCUCGGUGAGCUGGACAGCAUGUCGAGCACAGAGAGGAUCUCCUUCCUGCAGGAGAAGCUGCAGGAGAUCAGGAAGUACUACAUGACCCUGAAGUCGGAGGUGGCGUCCAUCGACAGACGCAGGAAGAGACUAAAAAAGAAGGAGAGAGAAGUGUCCAACACGACGGCGUCCACCUCGUCGGGCUCCUCGGACACAGGUAUGAGUCCGUCCUCGGCCUCGCCCGCUCAGAAUACCGUCGCUGUGGAGUGCAGGUGAUGACACGCCCCGCAGGCCCCUGCAUCAUCACCUCCUUCUGCUCGGCCCCACCCCGUCUUGACACAGACUCCGCCCCCUCAGUCAGCCCUGAGGGCAUGAUGGGAAAACACAAAACAAACUCCCCCCCCAGGACUGAGAAACUCGACUGAAGCAGUGGCUGAUGGGAGUUGGGGGCACUACCACCUGAGCUUAGCCCCGCCCCCUCACCUAUGAAGUGACUUCCUGUUUGAGGAGACAAACUGGACCGAUAAAUCAGCCGUCUGUUCAGCCGCCACAGUCUUACUUCCUUUCCUGCGUCUGCUGAUUACAGAGUGACGGGUUAUUUUGAUGGUCAGAGGUCAUUUCCUGUCGGGUGGAACAGAGACGGGUUCCUGAAGCAGCACAGCUCAUUAUGCAAGUUUGUUUUCUUCUUCGUUCAUUCAAAAUUUUUCAAGAAAACAGAAAAGAUAAAAAAAAAAUUUGGGACUUCCUGCUGUGAGAGUUUGUGGCCUUUUUAUAUGGAGUCAGAGCUUUUAUUUUGGUAAAAACAAACAAAAACAAUUCCAAAAUGUUUCUGAUGUCACAGCGGGAGAGAGGAUGAAAUCUUUGUUUUUGUGUAAAAUAAUUAAAAUGAAGUUUAUUUAUUCAGUUGGCGAACACAGAGGACGUUUUAGUGUGUGUGUGUGUGUGUGUGUGUGUGUGUGUGCGUGGGCCUGUAUGGAAGAUCAUUAGUGCCAGAGAUGAAAAUAAAAACUUUAAAAUUAUGAGUGUAAAAAUAUUUCCCAGUAAAUCUCAUGAUUUUAAGCCUUUAUGUUAAAUAUGUCAAAAUUCUAACAUUUACUUGUCGACAGUAUGAUAUUUUUAUUUAUUUAUCAAUCUCAAUAUUUUCAUUAAGAAAUUAAUCAGUUUGAUUAAAUAAAUUAGCGAAAAGUAAAUUAUGAUUUCAUUAAGUCUGUUUGACUUAAAUUAGAAGCUUCAGUUGUUGAAAUGGACAUUUUACCUUAUUAGAAAAUAAACUUAUACCUAAUAUCUGAUUUAUUAGCUUGUGUUUGGUGCAGCAGUUUAAUCUGAUGAACGACUCUUAAAGAUGAGAUUUACUGAGUCGCCUUUUUAUCUUCAGAAGCAAGUUUGAAAUCGACUUGAAGUGAAUUUUGAUUCAUGAAGUCUGACGUUCAGCUUCUCAGUUUCUGACUGGUUUCUUCUUCUCUGGCUGAUUUGAUCUUCCAUGUGUUCAGUACCGGCCUCCCUCCUGGAGGACCUCCCUGACUCUUCUUCUGUGGUUUCCUCUCUGUGCGGCUGCGACAGACGGCUGGUUUUCGGCUCCUGAACAUUUCCUUGUUUUGUACAUAAACGUUCUGAGUAAAGAAAAGAAUAAAACCACACCAUGUAUUUGAAAACUACAUUUUACACGCCUGUAAAGAAUGAUUUAUAAUAUUUUUAAGAGGACAUGUUUGUACCGUUGUAUUAUGAACUCCUCGCUUGUUGUUUUUCUAUGUGGUGUUUUGCUAGCGGCGGUUAGAGAGCGACGACUGUAAAUACAGAAACACACUUCCUGAGAACAGAAGCCAUGUUGGAACUGUGUGGACAAUAAACAGCUCUCUGUUUCUAAUAAAGUUUUUAAAUAUG